UCAUUGUGGCUAAAGAAGGGAAACAUAGAAGCGGUUAAACAUUUACUAGCCCUUCCUCAAGGUCAGCCAAGGGAAGCCAGAACGUAGGAGGGACAAAGGUAGCACACAUUAGCCACCGCACCUGCCGAGCUCCUGUUACCUCACAACAAGGAAAUGAAGCGGGCAACCAAAUAAACCACUGCUGUCUGCCUCUUACAACAUGUACAGCCAUGGGGAACGGGGUAACGAAAGCCUUGGAUAAGUGGGGUUUAAAUCCAAGGAAGCUCAGUCUAAAGCGGUCAGCAAAGAGAGCUCCUCGUGCACCUGCUCCAUCCCAUCAGCCUGCAGAUGCGCACAUAUAUGAUCAGGUGGCGGCUGACCCCGAGUACGCUCAAGUCAAUAAAAAGAAGAAGACGGACGCUGAUGACUUGCAUUACGCCGACAUCCAGAUGUUACAGUCUGGACACACGACUGGGCGAGAAAGGCAGAGAGCGGCUCCGGUCAAUAACUCCAGCACAGAGUACGCAACCAUAGACUUUCUGAAGAGUGGGUUUAAAACACAUUCAUCACCUGAACCUGCAGAUAUUCUCAUUCCACCUGGAGAACUCCAGAGACCAGUGGCCAAGCCUAGAUCUGUCCAGAAGAAGAGGGCUUCCUCACACCACUCUGUUAUGGUGUGAGUGGAACAUAUGUAUAUAUAUUUGUGCAUAUACAUAAAUGUGCAUCUUAAAUUGCUUUGUUUUUAAGAAAUUCCAACUGUAUCCAUGUUGAUCCAUAUGAACCAUAACUGACAUGAUUUGUCGCUCUUUUGACUGCAUGGCAUUUGACAGGCGUGCACUCUUUAAAAUAGAGGUGCCAAAGAGGGUCCUCUGGAGCGAUACCUCUGGAGUGAUACCUCUGGAACGAUAGCUGAUAUGAUGUUUGUGGAUUUAUGUACCAAAAGCAUUCAUAAUUCAUUUUUACAUUACCAUAUCAGCUUUAAACAGGCUGCUUUCAUUCCUGUGCUUUAACACCAAUGUAUAUAAAUCACCUCUUUUCUUAUUAACUGUCCUUUAUUGUGCUUCAUUCAAAAGCAGUUGAAACACUCCUUAAAACUUCAGUGUGAGUGGGUGGAGCUAAACCGCUGCAGGCUGAAUAUAUACAUAUAUAAAUGUUAUAUAUGGACUGGGAAGUGUACAGUAGCAUUUUGAAACUUUAACAAUGUUUACAUACUACACUAAACCUAUAUUUCCCAAAAAACGAAGUUCAGUUUUUACUAUAUUGGCCCUUUAAAAGUUUUUUUCCUAGAACUAUUCAUGCCAACCAAGAGUCAUUUGAGUGUAGAAGGAAAUGGAACAGCACUAGAGGAAUGAAUUUGCAUUUGAAUCAUGUAGGAUCCCGUCGUGUCUUGCUUUGAGUAAUGUUUACACACAAUAAAAACAUUUUUAUAAAGAU